AUGCUUAUGAACUUUGAAACCCGGGAUCAGAUCGACAAGCCUGGUCCCGUAAACGGGCAAGAGCAGUCACCAUUCUUCCAGAAACUCAUCCCCGAUGUCCGGCGUCUGAUCUACUUGGAGGUCUUUGGAUCUCGUUCAGUCCAUGUUGUUCCUGGACCAGGAAUCGGCAGCCCGAAGUACGUCUUGUACACUUGUCGACAGCCAGACGAUGCGCCGCCUCAUUCCGAAUGCCCAGACGUGGGUGAAGAAAAGUGUAGACUGUCCACCAACCUACUCUAUACCUGCCAGAUGGCGUACAAUGAAGGCGCCACACUGCUGUUCAAAUCCAACAAGUUCCUGUUUUCCGACCAGACCGACUGCACUUUCUUUUUCCACCUGGUCCCCGACAGCUUCCAAAACUCUGUCCGGAGUCUCAAUGUCUGCGUCAAGUUCCACAUCUACGACACUCACCUCAUUCAUACAAUGUGUGAGGAGCUCUCCAACUGGACGGGUGACUUUAAGCUGCGCAUGAGAUGGGACAUGGAUCACCCGCGCCGAAAGAAGAGAUAUGCCAACUUCAACACGGCGCUGGAUGCCAUUCAGCAGUUGAUGAAGAACCCGAGAGUCCGUCCCAAGUUCUGGGCGCCCAAGAUGCUGGAAGACGGGAUGGGGUUGAUAUUGAAAAAGGAGGAUCGUCUCAGGCUGGAGUUUGUCAAGGAUGAGAGCGAGCCUGACCCGAACGACGAUGACGAUGGAGAGGAAGAUGAUGAUGAGGAUGAGGACGAGUAUGACUGGGACGAUGACAGUGAAGACUACGAUGAGUAUGACAGUGAGGGUUGCAUGACUGAUGUGGAUCAUGAUGAUGAGGAGACACUCAGAUAUUGGGAGGCACUUGCUGGUCAGGCGUAG